GGCAGCCGAGAGCGAUGCUGGAACUGGCGGGAUGCCGAGGGACCUUUUCUGAAGGAGACUCUCGAGGCGAGAGGCUCCAGCUACAACGGUUACCCAGUGAGCCCAAAUUACGUCGGUGCCUACAGCUUGGAUGGCCUGGCCAUUGCAAUGCACAGUUUCUAUCACACCGCCUCCUUUAUGGAGGCGCUAACACGAUGUGUGAAUUUCUUGGGCGACGCAGACUCGACAGGUGCAAUUUGCGGCCAGAUGGCAGGGGCGUUCUACGGUCUUUCCGCCAUUGAUGCACGGCUUGUUAGUCGCUUGCGACGGUGGGAUUGCGACGAGGUCGCCCUGCGCGGUGCUUUGCUUCAUGUCCUCGGGGCCAGCGCUUCUUGCCGAGACUUGUCUACACCGUGCAAGCCGGUAAACGCCAU